AAGGCGUAUUCACUUUUCAUGUGUUAACAGGAGUUCAAGUCUCAAUGUUUUCUGUAAACUUCGGCGUAGCACAAUCUUUAAACCGCAUAAUGGAUAAAUAAAGUUUAGUUCAGUGGUCAGUGACUAGUGUUCGUCAGAGUGCUGUCAUCGCUUCGACAUAACAGUCGAAGAGUGCGCCAUUGAUCCCGUUUAUAAAAAUAUAACGAGAAAUGUUGCUAUCGUUCCUUGUAUUAGUUCCUUCGAGAUGAAAAGUGAAGUGAUGUUUUAAUAAUCGUUAUGUGGCAACCGAAAGGUGUAUAGGACAAUAACAUGGCAGAUUUGCUAUCGCGGAGAACUCAGUGCUGUGGUUCCAGGAAACGACCGCAGUUCCAACCAUGGAUUUGGUGUAUACUGUUGAAGUGCUUAAGUUUACCGUGCAUAUUUUCGGACUGUUUGAGCGUAAAUAUAACAGUAGCUGUGUACCCACAAGGUGACAUCUAUAUCAAAUAUGGUGAUCCAUUAGAGAUGUUUUGUGUCGCGGACAGUAACUAUACAACCAAUGACACUGUGUUCACACUAGGGUCUAGACAUUUGAAGUCUGAGGUAGUGAACAGCACAACACGGAGGUUGUACAUUAAGAGGCCAGAAAAGCACAUAGGUACUUAUUAUUGCCAAAAUAUUAGAAAUAAUAAAAUAUGUACCAGCCGUGUUCUUGUCGAUAGCCCUCCGGAAAAAGUAACUGAUUUCAAAUGCCUCUCAAAAAAUCUAGAAAUACUAAACUGUUCAUGGACCAGCCCAGUAUCAGUUAGCACUAUUAGAUACAAUGUUACUUUUUCUAUUAAUACCAAUCCUGUAAAUCCUCCAUGUGAACCUUCACAGAUUGAAUCUACAGGGUACUGUGUAUGGAAUACAAAUAGCAUGCCUAGAUAUAGGCAACAAGAAGAGACUCAGUUCUUUGAUAUGACUGCUUGCAAUGCAUUUGGCUGCAACAGCCAGAACUUCACCGUAGAUCACUUUUCCAUUGUCAAGCCAGACAGUCCAUAUGAAUUAAAAAUACUUAAGUAUGGUACUCACAGUGUUUAUCUAGAAUGGAAAAUUCCUCAUAACAUUGUAGAUUUCUUGAGUUGUGGUGUGGACCAUAUAAUACAGUACCAAAUAGCUAAGGUGGAUAACAGAACUUACUUUCAUACUGUAGAUACCUCACAUUUACCUACAAGAAAUAAAACAAAUAGAUUUCAUUUAACAGAUUUACCAUAUGCUCAUAUGCAAUAUGAGGUCCGUAUCUAUAUCAAAUCAAAAAAGGCAACUGAAACACAGUUUUGGUCUGAUUAUGUAUAUAAAGUGUUUACUACAGCUAGUGAGAUACCAAACAGACCCCCGGCUAUGAUAGCGGGAGCCUUUGAUCAAUCUAGUUAUAAAAGUUACAGGGUUAUUAAUGUUUAUUGGAAGCAGUUGGAAGAAUGGGAAGAGGCAGGUGCAAAUUUUACUUACAAGGUACUUGUAUCACAAAGUAACAGGACACAAAUAGUGUUCCCUGUGAAAAAUAAAAGUAUGAGUUACGUCUCAUUAAAUGCAACUCUUGAUGCACUGGAUAUAACAGUCUGGUCGUUCAAUAUCAAUGGCUCCUCUAUUAACAGUAGUCAAAUCUACAUUACACCAGAAAAGGACACUCACUCUUUGAAAGUAACUUCCUUCACUAAACUAGCAUAUGAAAAUGGUACCUAUGAGUUGUCAUGGGUUGGUAUAAAGAAUAUUGACAAUUAUACACUUUUCUGGUGUCAACACAAUGCCACACAAAUAUGUAUUGGCCGAUUGGACUUUGCUAGUCUGGAUUCACACAAAACUAGUCAUAUAAUGGAUUUACCAAGAGAAUAUAGGUACCAGUUUGCUAUAUCUGCAAAUAAUGGCUCAAAAUCUAGUGGAAUGUCUUGGGCAAAAUGUGACAUAUCCAAAGAGGGAUUUGUAAUGUAUCGGUUUGAAGUGCAUUUGAAAUAUGAUGCUCCUACUAAGUCUUCAGUCACUCUGCAAUGGCAAAUGGACUGUGCGCUUAAGGAUGGCAUUAUAACUGGCUAUAACAUUUCCUACUGUCCGAUUGUUCAAACUAGUAGUGAAUGUGAUAAAUCGGUUGAAAGUAAAUAUAAAUUUAUAUCUAACCCUAAACAGAUGAAUGUAACCAUUUACAAUUUAUAUUCUUUUAGAACAUAUCAGUUUACGUUUGCUCUUAACACUAUACAUGGACAAAAGAAUAUAGAAAAUGCUACUGUUGUUAUUACUACAUCAGAAGAUACACCAACCAGCCCUAGAAAUGUUAAAAUUUCUAAUGUAACAUAUGAUUCAUUAGUAAUUUCAUGGGAUCCUCCUCAAAAUCGAAAUGGUAUCAUUGGGAAGUAUGUAAUCUGGAACUAUGAUAAACCAAUACAUGAGGACAAAGUGUCUGGUACUGACACUUCAAAACGUGAAAUAACAUUAACUGGCCUUCAAGCAUUCACUAAUUAUUCUCUGUUUGUACAAGCUUGCAAUAUUCCAAUAGACUUAUGCUCUAAAAGAGGACAGAAUACCAUUUUUGUCAGAACAAGCAUUGGUCCUCCGAGCAUGCUGAAAGCACCAACUGUUAUGAACAAUCCAGAUAAGCUUAAAUGGAAUGAACCUGCAAUUCCAGGGGGAACAGUUGAUUUAUAUCAGAUAAAACGAGUUAUAGAUGACUUGGAACCACCUGAAUAUAUAGAUACAAAAAAACCAGAAUAUUUAAUGACUCAUUGUGAAGGUGUUGUUUCCACAGAAACAUACCAAGUUCGAGCAGUGAACUAUGAUUAUGACAUUUACAAUGGAGUUUUGGGAGACCCAAAUGUGACACUACCCAAAAGAGCUCUAAAUGAUACCUACAAGGUCUAUCCUGGUCCAUGGAGUGAACCAAGCACUGUGGCCUGUAGGAGUAAGGACAGUGUCACUAUGAUCCUUAUUUUCUUAGCAGUUUUUGCCCUAAUAGGAGUGGCAUAUGGUUCAAUUAAGUUGUACAAAAAAUAUAGAAAAAUGGAAGAUAUUAAACCAGUCUUGCCAAAUGGUUUGGGAAUACCAGAGAAAGAUAUCUCAAAGUAUACAUUUAGUAGUUGGAGUCCUACAACGAAAGAUGAAAAGCCACCUUCGGAUGAAAUGUUAUUGCUGCCCAAUAGUCAAACAGCUGUCUCAGCACCAGACACAAAACAAAAAGAUGACAAUUGUGGUGCUAGCGAUCAAACAGAUAGUACUGCUUUAUCCUCAGAUUCAUCUGUUCGGGGCCCUAUUGACAGACAGGCCUCUAUUUCAGAUGACAGCUCCAAUUCAUCUUUUAUCGACCAAGCUGACCAAGUCAAAGGUCCAGAAGACCUUGUUAAUAAAGAAGAAGAAGAAGAAGAAGAUUCAUCAGCAAUCGAGACUGAGAGCUCAACUGAAGAUUCCCCUUACUUUAGUGAUAAAGCUUUUAAGAAAAAUCCAACAAGUGGCUAUGUCCAACCUGUUGUUAAUCCUGCUACUGGAUACGUUCAGUCGGCGCCAGCGCCUGUCAAUAAUCCAACAACUAAAGUCAGUAUGCAUCCAACAACAACUAGUUAUGUAAUGGCUGGUCUGCAGCCAUCUGUGUUUACUACUAGCACAGCCACAUCUCCUGCCACUAAUCCACCUCAGCAAUCUUCAGGAUAUGUUCUACCUGAAGAAGCACAAGCGAGAUCCAUAGUGGAUUUCCCUAAAUUAGGGCCUUCGCCUCCAAAGUUGCUAGGGCCGGAAAACUUGCCAUCUAUGCCUACUUUGCCACCAUCGACAAAACACAGUACAGACAAUAGCUAUAUUCAGCUGCAGUCUUUAGAUUCCAUGUCAAGUCUCAAGCCAAGUGUGCGUAAUCCUGUGCCACUGAAGCCACCUGCGUCCAGCGGCUACGUCAGUCCAGCAGACGUAGUGAUAAACAAGCAUCUAAACAAUAUUAUAACUGGCCAGCAUGCCGAGGAAUCUGCCAUAUUGGACCCGGCGAUGUCCCCAGACGCGUAUUGUAGGUUUUCAUGGAGCACUGACCCCGCCAACGAUAAUUUACACACGCUUCUCGCCGACUCGCCUACGCGAACGACCAAGAAUUGAAACAAUUAUUAUGUACA